CCUGGACACACUCGGGUCACCCCAAGGCGGGAGCAGACGCGGAGCAGCAGCGCCGGGAUGACGAGCCGUUGGCAGGCUGUGAGGGAUCCUGGAGCCACAGAGGAUGGCCUCUGAGAGCGCCAGAUGUCCAGCCCAGGAGGUAUUGAUAUUCAAGGACUUCACCCAGGAGGAAUGGCGCCUCUUGGCCCUUCCCCAGAAGGAGCUGUACAAGGAGGUGAUGCUGGAGAAUGCCUGGAACCUGCUCUCUGUGGGGCUUGCAGUUUCCAGAAGAGAUGCGAUCUCUCAUUUGGAGCAAAGGGAAGCCCCGUGGAUGCUGGAGCAAGAAGACCUGAGAAACUGCUGCUCAGAAAGAGAGAUCAGACCUGAAAUGAAGGCGACUCCAGCAGAAGUGGGCCUCUCUGUGGAAGAAACGGGCCCGGAAAGAUUUGUGAGUGGUGGUCCUGAUAGCUUACCUUGCAGAGAACUUGGUGUUGAAUCUCAAAAUCCAUCCCUUGUUGGACAUCAAAGAAUGCACCCUGAGGAAAAACCUGGUGAACAUAAUCAGUGUGGAAAGACUUUUAUGGCCAGGGCCAGCCUUGUACCUGAGGCGAUCCACACUGGGGAGAAACCUCAUGAACGUAAGUGUUAAGAGAGUCUUUGUUGCUUCCUCCCUUUUUCCAUUGAAGAGGCAAAGAAACAACAAGAUUUCUGAGUCAGAGACCCCCCCGCUGUGCAGUUUGGGAGUUGGUCACAGUUAGAAGGGUGGAGGCCAAUGAGGUCAGUAAGUUGCGGGCAUUUGGAAAGAGCUUUGUCUGUGGGUCCCCUGGGGAGAGGAGUGUGUGACUCGCUCUCUCUGAGCCUGGAGUUUCUAACUGACAGUUGGAUACAGAGAAAUGGAUUUAAGGCCUUAACAGCCUUAUUAAUUUUUUUUUUUAUUUUAAACCCUUAACUUCUG